CACCAUCUGGGAACACUGUACAGUAACCGAGACACCCCAAAGAAGAAGAGGAAGAAGACUCACUCCCUCAGCCUCACAAGCAAGGAGUAUAUAAUCCCAUUGUUCACAAGUCACAAGAGGCCACAACAACAAGCUGCCUGAGAACACACAAGCAGCUGGUGGCCAUGGCUUCCUCUAGCACUGGCGAGGGCAGCAGCUCCAGCAACAUGUCCCAGACAUAUAUUGCUCAGCGUACUUGGGAGAUGGCAAACAAUAUGGAAGCGGUCAAUUCUGCUGAUGAGAUCUACCAGUAUGACAGUAAACAACAACAGGAUAUCCUCCAAGCCAAACCUUGGGAGAAGGACCCUCACUUCUUCAAGCAAAUCAAGAUCUCAGCCCUGGCUCUGCUGAAGAUGGUGAUGCAUGCUCGGUCUGGGGGCACACUUGAGGUGAUGGGUCUUAUGCUUGGAAAAGUUGAUGGACCAACCAUGUUUGUGAUGGAUUCAUUUGCUUUGCCUGUUGAGGGGACAGAGACACGUGUUAACGCUCAGGCCCAGGCUUAUGAGUACAUGACUGCCUAUGUGGAGGCUGCAAAGCAGGUUGGACGUCAGGAAAAUGUGAUUGGUUGGUAUCACAGCCAUCCUGGCUAUGGCUGCUGGCUUUCAGGUAUUGAUGUUUCAACUCAGAUGCUGAACCAAAACUACCAGGAACCCUUUGUGGCCAUUGUCAUCGAUCCUAUUCGUACUAUUAGUUCAGGAAAAGUCAACAUUGGUGCCUUCAGGACGUAUCCCAAGGGCUACAAACCACCAGAUGAGGGCCCCUCAGAAUACCAGACAAUUCCUCUCAAUAAAAUUGAAGACUUUGGUGUUCACUGCAAGCAGUAUUACUCCUUGGAUAUUUCAUACUUCAAGUCUUCUUUAGACAAGAAGCUUUUAGAUUCCCUUUGGAAUAAAUAUUGGGUGAAUACACUGAGCUCCUCUUCACUUAUAACGAAUGCAGAGUACAUGACGAGACAAAUAUUUGAUCUUAGUGACAAGUUGGAGAAUUCGGAAACUGCUUUAGGCCGUGCUGGUCUUUUUGGCUUAGACCCUCAAGAAAAGAAGACUGAGGACAAGUUAAGUCGAGUUACUAGAGAUUCCUGCAAGACCACCAUGGAGGCUCUGCACGGACUCAUGGCACAAGUUGUCAAAGAUCGCCUAUUCAAUCAGAUACCUCAGACUCGUUCCCAGGCCCAGGAUCAGCCACAGCCAACUCCACAGGCAUAAAAUUUGGAGGACUCAAGGAAACAGGAAUGUAAUGUGAAAUGUGGGCUGUGUGUAUUAGGUGAUCAUGUAUACCUAUCCAAUAUGAUGUAUGGUGCCUAAUGAUUAAUUUCCUAGAUUUUGUAUCUGCAGCAAUAUUUGAAGAGAGCACCUUAGUGAAAUGUAUUUGCCCUUGAACUUUUAUAAGAUCUCUGUACAUUCAUUCCUGUGUAUUCAUUCGUUUAUAUUACACAAAAUUAUAUGUCAGACACUUAUUGUCAAUUUUUCUUAAACUGAUCAGUGAAAAUGAUAUUAUAGUUGGUAAUAAUAACUUCAGAAAACAAGC